UCGGGACAAAACUGAGCUCACGCACUCCCAGAAAACCCCACCACUCUGCACGCUGUGUGGUCACUGUCCCAUGAACGACCUCUCCUCUUCCGCCUCCUCCGCCGCUCGUCGACGCUCCGACUGCAGCCCGGUGCCGGCUCCCGUUGUUUGUGUCCUUGUCCCUAUCCUUCUCGCUGGCCUCGCCGUCUCUCUUUUCAUCCUCGUCGUCGUCCACAAUGCCCUCCUCUUCAUCUUCAUUCUUCUCAUCUCCGCCCUCGCUGUCGCUUUUCUCGCCUGGAAUGCAGCUGGCUUUCGGAAGAACGCCGCUGUUCACUGUUUCGUUGAUCGAUUCCCAGUCUCCGACCUUCGCACCGCCAAGGACGGCGAGCUCGUGAAGAUCACCGGGUUUGCUUCAUGUGCGGAUAUUUCUCUAGAGGCUUCAUAUGAGAAGGUUGAACGUUGUGUCUAUACAUCAACCUUGUUGUAUGAAUGUAACCAACCUAAUUCAAAGGCAGCAAAAGCUAUCAGUCAAUGCUUUCCUUGGGAGCUUAAUCUACCUAGAGGUGAGAGGCGAAUUCUUUUAACAUGUGAAAGGUUCACUACAGACUUCUAUAUAACAGAUGCAAGGUCAGGUGUCAGGGCUUUGGUGAAAGCGGGCAACAAUUCCAAAGUGUUUCCUCUGGUUUAUGAGAACACACUCAUCAAAACAGCAAGCUUAAAUAGAGAGUUAUCCCUGACCCUAAAGAAUUGGUUAGAUGAGAGGCAUCUUUCUGCCGAAGCACGUCUAUUACGUCUGGAAGAAGGGUAUAUCAAGGAAGGCAGUUCUCUGACAGUUAUGGGAACUUUGAAUCGGAAGAGUGGUGCACUUGUGAUAGUUCCACCUUCUGAACCUCUCUCAACUGGUUGCCUAUUUCAAAAGUUUCUCCUUCCUGUCGUUUUUGAUGGAUUGGUUAUAAGAUUUUCUGAACAGAGUAGCUCUGGAGCUAACCUUAUACUUUCUUGAAGUUCAUUAAAUGAGCUGGUGGAAGGUGAUGGCGCACAAGAUUGCUGGUUGGUGAUUUAGGCAAAGAAGCAAGAUCUGUCUCAUGCUAUGACUGCGUACAUGCGGCCAAAAUCUACUGUGCAUAGAUGGAAGCCCUGUGCUCCAA